GACCAAUAUAUGAUAUCUAAUUCUUUUGCCAAAAAUAUUGGAGUUAGUACCUAUUAUUGAAAUAGAAAAAGAAUAACGUCUAAUGAUAUUUAGUUCAAUUUAAAAUGUGGCGUCCUACUUUUACAAUUCUUCGAAAAGUGGUCCCUUCCCACUAUAACGAAAAAUCCUCAUUUUCAAAAUUAUUUUAUUCCACCAAAAGCCGAUUUCCUCGUUCGACGGCAAAACUAACCCUUAUAAGUGCCAGUGUGGGUAUUUUAGUUGGGGCUGGAUAUGGUGGUUACACACAUUAUAAGAUAAAUGUUAAGAAGCCUCUGAAAGCAACAGAAGUGGAAGAAUACGUCUUACUAAAAGAAGCCCCUAAAUAUCAAGCCCAGUAUAGAGUUGUUAACGAUUCCGAUAACAGUAAUUUGGAAUUGGUGUUGUUCCAAUACCGCACUUGUCCAUUCUGCUGCAAGGUUCGAUCAUACCUCGACGCUCGUGGUAUUAAUUAUGAAGUUGUUGAGGUCGAUGCUGUACUCAGACAAGCAAUCAGAUGGUCGAAUUACAAGAAAGUGCCUAUUCUGCUAGCCAAAGUGGACGGAGGAUAUCAACAAUUAUUAGACAGCACUGCUAUAAUAUCUAUGUUAGAAACAUAUUUGAGAGACAAAUCUUAUCAAUUGAGCGAUAUUGUAAAAUUCUAUCCCGCGACCCGCUUUGUUAAUGACUCCGGGAAAAUUGCAACGGACAUAACAAAUAAAUAUUUUGUUAUGAACAACGCACCUUUGCUUGAUGAAAAGCAAAAAGCUGCUGAAGCGGAGGAACGCCAAUGGCGGCAGUGGGCCGAUCAGGUGUUGGUUCACACCUUGUCACCCAAUGUGUAUAGGACUGUCGGGGAGGCUUUGGAGACCUUCAAGUGGUUUGAAGAAGUUGGUGGCUGGAAGCAAACUUUCCCGGCCUGGGAGUGUGCAUUAAUGGUGUAUGUUGGUGCAGCAGCUAUGUGGAUUAUAUCAAAGAGAUUAAAGUCCAGACACAACAUUAAAGAUGAUGUUCGACAAUCACUGUACGAUGCUGCUAAUGACUGGAUGAAAGCUAUCCAGAAAAAAGGCACUCCCUUCCUGGGUGGUGAUAAACCAAAUCUAGCAGAUAUAUCGGUUUUCGGAGUCCUCAGCAGUAUUGAGGGCUGUGGUGCCUUCGAAGAUCUAAAGACCAACACCAGUAUAGGCCAAUGGUUCCAAGCUAUGAAGAUGAACAUGAAAGAAACGAGUGGAAAACAUCUCGCUUCUUAUGCUUAAUGAUACAUAAGAAUUUCCUUGUAACCAAGUUAACAUAGAAGUGGGCAUAAUAUGUUUAGCUGUUAUUAUUCUAUUUACUUUCUGACCAUUAAUUCGGUACAUGAUUUACGUAUUAUGAAAAUGUGAUAAUAUUGUUCAUCUGAGAUAAUCUUAAUUUUUUCUCAUCAUUAAAAUACAGUACAUUUAUUUAAUUGGCGUAAUUUAAGUACGAAACAUUUAUGUUGCUAGUUAAUAAAACGUUGAUGAAAAA